AUGAAAGGAACGAAUUUCGUCACGCUUCUUGCCUUUGUACUGGCUGCUGUAGCCUCUCAGUCUAGCGCACUGCCAGCUUCCAUCACGUCGGAGGCGACCCAGGGGGCCAUUCUGAAUGCUCGUCUAGCCCUUCCGCUCGAGGGAAAAGCUCUAUCAAGCAUUGCUGAACAUAAAGUACUGCCGGACAUUGCUGCAAACACCGUUAGUGGUCAUCGAAUGCAGCUUGGUGUCUCACAUGUUGACCCCUCUUCUUCCGCUUUCCAGGUCAAAAAGCCGGGCCUCGUAAAAAAGACGUGGGGAUCCAUGCGCAAGCACCCUUACAGAACAGCAGCGUGAGUUGGUCAGGCACGAAGUGUGCAUCGUGCCGAGCAGUUGCUGAAGCGCUUUUUUUCUUUCUCAUGUUGCCAUCCCCCCAUCCAUCACAGCGUUCUCACUGGACUGGGCACGGGGGCCGCCACGAUUGCGGGCGUUGCGCAAUAUCAGCACAUGCACGACCAGGAGCUCAAGAAGCUCAAGCGCCCGUAUCAGGAUGAUAUUGAUGCGUACAUGAAGGAAGUCGCCCAAAAUCCAGCACGAAGGUCGAUCGAAAACCUUGCUGCGUCCGAGUCGCAGGCGGUUGAGAUAGCUGCUCGAGGUCUGCCUCAGCCUGCCUCCACCGCUUUCACCGAUGGCGUGCAAAGCGUCUUUCGCCGCUACGGUGUAAAGACAGCCGGUCGUCUCUCCGCCCCGCCGGAGGCGCUUUUUGAGCGCAGAAAGGCCGAGGAUCUCCUACCUCGCCAGGUGGAACUUACCUCGGUGGGAAAGAAGGCGGAGAAAAUCAUUCACCUUGGAAGUCCAGGCGGGGUCAAGCCUACCAAAUUGAGGAGGGUUCGCAGCUUCACAAAGACGUACGUUCGCAAACAUCCGGUCACUACCUCAGUGUGAGUGCAGCUUUCGGCGACGCGGUCCUCUGGCUCUAGAAAUGAUCAGCACAAGACGUUCGGUCAGUCGAGAGAUGAGACUGAGGUGACACUUGAGAGCUCACCUUUUUGUUGAACGUUAUCAGCGGCGCCGUUGCCGGUCUGGGCAUCACCGGCGCCGGCGUUUACGGCGUAGUGAGGUUGGCGAAUCAUCACGAUGGUCACAAGGCUCAGUCUGACGGACGGGCUGAUGACGGCUCAUGGGGAAAUCACGGUGUGGGAGGAGGUGUCAGGCCUGGAACGCCAGGGACGAUCACCUAUGCCGAUGGUUCCACGGCUCCAUUAGAUGCCUACAAGAAUCCUAUGGGUAUCGGCCCACAGGUCUACGCCCCGACUGGGCCAGCUCCCGCUCCCAAAGAUGCUACAGUUCCCGCGGGGAAGGUUGCCCCCAUCAUGGGCAUCGGACCAGAGAUUUACGCCCCUGACGCACCUGCUCCUACUACCGCUCCCGCUCCCGCCCCCAACAACGACCCCAAACACCAUCGACGCAGUCUGCCUCGAGACGAAGCAUCUGCCAGCCUCUUGACGCGAGAUGAUCAGGCGGAAGAGCAAAAUGUGGAGAGCGAGCAUGGCUCGCACCUGCACGAACGAUCGGUAUCGUCUGCUGAGCUCGAACGUAGAGCUGGUGCUGGUCUGCUGAAGUCGCUGGGAAAGAUCUUCACCAAGAAGAAGGCGGGACCUGCGACCAAAGUCCUCGCGUGAGUGCAUCGCUUGCCAACAUGAUCAGAUAUCAGACUGUUCCCAUGCCGCUUGACUGACGAUUGGCCCUCUGGGGACGUUCGGAUGACAGGACCGGCCUGGUCGCUGGUGGAACGAUUGGAGGAACCUACAUGCUGGCUCACGGGCUGACCCAUCAUGUGGCCAAAAACGAUGCAAAGAUGGAUUUCAUCACCAAGCCUCAGGCAUACAAAUGGGGCGAUCAAAAGAUAACGGAAGACCCUCAAGCCUAUGUAUUCCCAACCGGUCCUACCAACCCGCAAACCAUCGAGAUCCCAAUCACGCUCACUCCCGUUGGUGAGGCUGACAAAGGUGCCAAGUAG